AACCCCGAGCCAGUCGAACAUGAAUUUUUUAACUCUUUAUUAGACUGUGUAUAUGUGACUCAUUUUCCGACAGUUCGUAAAGGAGUGACAUGCAGAUUGAUACAAAUGAUUGGAAAAUUUAACAGAUAACGUCCAUCCCUAUUUGUGAGUACUGCAUGAUUUGCACUCGUACGUGUGGAGACGACGAGAUAAGUAAAAGUGCACGAAAAAGUGCGUUCGAUUGAAAAUUGCUCAGCAGAAAGAUGGGAGAAAUAAAGAAAGUGAAACGAAAGAUGAGCUCGCAAGUUGACACAAGAACAGCAUUCGAAGCAGUCAACGAGAAGGCUUUGACAAGGAGAGCAUUGUUAACUGUUGGGUUGAUCUUUAUAGUUUCACUGACAGCAUUAUUUUAUGUAUACAUGAGCUUCCCAGAAUUAGAAGAAGAUGAGAAACAACAUAUGAAGCUGCCAUUUCACAUAGAGGAUGCUAAAAAUCUUGGCAAGUUAUUAGGACGAUACAAGGAUCUCUAUUACUUCCAAGUAUUGGCUGGAGUGUUCGUCACUUACAUCUUCCUGCAAACGUUUGCUAUUCCUGGCUCCAUCUUUCUCUCGAUAUUGUCGGGAUUCUUGUUCCACUUCCCGAUAGCGCUUUUGCUGGUGUGCACGUGCAGCGCGAUUGGCGCCACCUUGUGCUACCUGUUGUCUUCGUUGUUGGGCAGGCGACUGUUGUAUCGGUAUUUCCCGGAGAAGGCGAACAAGUGGACGGUGAUAGUGAACAAGCAUCGUGACAAUCUACUGAACUACAUGCUGUUUCUCAGGGUGACGCCGUUCUUGCCGAACUGGUUCAUCAAUCUGGCCAGUCCAGUGAUCGGCGUGCCGAUGACACCGUUCGUUGUCGGUACCUUCUUUGGGGUCGCGCCACCCUCCUUCGUCGCCAUACAAGCUGGCCAGACAUUGCACAAACUGACGUCGUCGAGCGACGCGUGGUCGUGGAACAGUAUUAUCAUGCUGUGCGUGUUCGCGUUGCUCUCGUUAGUGCCUGUGUUAUACAAGCAGAAGCUCAAACAGAAGUUCGAAUAGACGCGAAUUGGUCUCUGAUGUUGGAGAAAUCAGCAUGACAUUCCGAUAUCUCACACAAGUGGAGGAAGCCUUUCCUCGAUAAUCGCACGCCAUUGUGGAGGAGCGAAAUACUCUAUCAAUUGAAACCUUAGGAGAAAUUUAAAGGAGCCGUGCGUGAUGCAAAUAACCGGUGAGCAUGGCGAGCAGCCGCGCAAAUCCAUUUCUCUUCGCGUCCUACAUUGGAAUUAUUAUUUGCAUCUACACGCACGGAUCAUACAGUAGUAUAAUGAAUUUCUACAAGUACAAUUUGCGCAUAACUUAUUUAUUGUUAACUUUAUUGAUUUCUAUGUGUUUCUAUGUGUUUUUUACGUAGAUCACGAAUAUCGUUUAGAAAGGAAAUUUAUUUAAAUUAUGUGUAAACGAAAGAGUCGAAUAGCCGCUUGUCUUAUCACACUCGUUAUAUGUCUAUAAAUUUAUAAACACGCCUAUAUUUUAGACAAUGUCACGUGGAAAAGUGAUCUCAGGAUAAUUCUUUUAGUAGGCCGCUAAAAUUGAUUUCAAUUUAUGCGUUAUCAUAAGAAAAGAUAUUGAAGACACUGAAAAGACACUGAGAUUUUUAGUCUAUGCAAAUGAGUUCCACAAUGCAAAUAUGUAUAUUAAUAUUCGAGUUAAAAUAAAAAAGAACAUGCAGAGGUAAAAUUAAUAUAAAAUUUUAUUAAACGCAAUUUAAAUGUGUAUAUAUAUAUAUAUAUAUAUAUAUAUAUAUAUAUAUAUAUAUGUAUGACAGACGGCUACAUCACUUUGGCACAUCGUAUGAAUGUUCCUAUCGAUGGUGCUAACAAAACGAAGUUAGAUAACCAAUAGAGAGAUCAGUAGCAUUGUACACAGGUAGACUCACGGGUCUCCAAUACCACCAAUUGUACCAUACUUAAAAGCGCAAAGGAAAAUGAAAAAAGUAUGAUUAAUUACGGCAAAUAAAAAAAAAAG